UGACCACUAUUAAACUCAGGGGCUUAUGUUGGGACUAUAGAGGGGUAGUUUUGCAUAGGGCGAUAUGAAGGUGGGUGCAGCGGCCUUGUCUGGAGGGGUUUUGGGGGUGCUGGGGACCCUGUGUUUUUUCUUGGCGUUUGCGACGGAUUACUGGUUGGUGGCGAGCGAUGACUGCGGGCGGACGGAGAUGCUGAAAGUGACGCAAGAUGAAAAUGGUACAGUGAUCACAGUUUUGGAGCAUGUCACCCCCUCGGCUCUCACCCUUCAUCACGAGGGCUUCUUCUGGCGCUGUGUGUUUCCAGUGGAGAUCACAGCAGAACCUCACCUCUCCACCCUGUACACAAACCAACCCGAAUCUAAAGUGUGUAUCCAUGGUUACCUGUUCCCCCUGCCCGUCGCCAUCGGACCUGUGCCCCACCCCAUGUACGACCCCACAGCAGUUUUUCGAGGUUUUUGGACAGUCCUGAUCGUCCUGGCCUUGCUCUGCGCUCUGAUUGGUGGGUUCCUCUUGGUCUGUGGUGUCCCGUUCUACAGCCACAAACUGUACCGAGUGGGCGGGGCUCUCCUCAUCGCUGCCGCCUGUCUGUUCCUGGCGGUGCUGCUUCUGUACGUGAUGUGGGUGGAGCUUGUGGACGUGCGGCGUUACAUUCUUCAGGAAAACGGCAAGACGUGUCCGGCGGCGGAGGUCCAGAUCCACUACGGCCUGUCCUUCAUGGUGGGGGCCGCUGGAGUGCCCCUAGUGCUCGUCUCUGGGAUUACAUUCAUGUGCAUCGCCCGAGCUCUGGGGGGAGAUAAGUUUUAAAAGCAUAAAGAAAAGGACUUGUGAUUGGGUGUGCAGCCCUGGGACUCAGUAGUACUAGUCUCAUGUAAAUAGUAGGCUAGAUCUGGUGCAUAUGACCAACACUGAAACAAAGCAUUUAUAAACCCUAUCUUGAAAUUAUUCAGGAAGUUUUGUAUUCUCUAUAGUGUGAUAAACCUGGAAUUCAAGGCAAUAUUAUCAGAUAUUCCUCUCAUUAAAGGUUCUUAUUUUAAA